AUGCCGCGAGCAAGACGAUCGAAUCUUUCCCGACAAAGCCGUAAUGCAAGAAGAAUACGAAAUACUGCAAAUGAAAGCACUGAAGAAGAACAAGAAAUUGCACGUGAACAGCGCCGCGAUAAUAUGGCUCGACUUCGUGCUUCUCAAUCACGAGGGCAAAGUGAAGCAGCCCGUGUAACAGCUCGGUUGGCAAUGCGGAAUCGUCGAGCGAACAACAGAGGUCAACAGAUGAGAGAGGAGAACAAGAUAUUUAUCAAGUGCUGA